AUGCACGAAGCGUACGACCUUUUGCCCCUUUUGGGCUCUCAGCAUGCUGCUAGUGCUCUGCUAGCCCACGGUGAGUCUCGUUCUCCACCCCCCGCAAAGGGAAACAGAUGGAUGACGACGUCAACUGAUCGAACUUCUUCCUGCUGUGGAUGCCAUGCAACGAUUAGCGGGCAAGCUGUACAUUGGCACCCCGACUGGUCAAUUAGCAGUGUACUCUCUCCCCACCCAUGUGGACUCCAAGGGCGAAGCGGAAGAUGAUGCCCCUUCUUCCUCUUCUGCAAGCACACAGACCAAUCUUUCGGGCUCUGGCUCUGGCUCUGAGCCCAAGAAGCAGAGCCAAGAAGCGCGCUUGGAAUUGUUGGAGACGAAACAAGUGGGCAAAAAGGCUGUAGAGAUGAUUGGUAUGGUCAAGGAAUGCGGCAUGCUGCUCUUGCUGACGGGUGAGUCGACUAGACGCAUGCUCUCAUUUCCCACGACUUGUGUGCGCUGUAGCGUCUAUAGUGAUGCCUGGACCAUGCACUCCUGCCGAUGUGUUGCGAUCAUAGAGUCGACAGUGUACACCUUGGAGCUGCCUCUGCAAGCCAACAACGAGCCCAAAGCGAUCGCAUCCACAAAGGGCGCGCUCACCUUUGCCAUCGACACUUCGGUCCAGCGUUUGCCUGCUCGUCAAGCGCAGGCUAGAGCACAAGCACGGCCCAUGUCGCUGUACAAUCCCAACACUCUAGGUCGAGCAUUCCGACCCGAUGCAGGUACUUCAUCCAGCACCGCCACUCCCUACGCCACGCUACGAGGUUCCAGCAGCCACGCGGACGGCUCUCGACAAGUGGCAAGCGUGAGGGCAGCAGGAGGUACGCUGAGAGCUGGUGCGAGGGAUAUGGAAGCGCUGAUCAGGGAGAAACAAGAUAGAAAGGAAAGAGCUAGAGAAGAAAAGUCGACGGAGAAUGAUGAAAACGUCUUGGUCAGCACGUUGGCUGUGGGAUGUAGACGCAGAUGCGUCAUCAUGAGGUGGGUGGAUGGUGCGCUGUUCGACACAAAGGUGAGCAUAGCCAGACGGACUGA